AUGACAACCAUUGCUUCAUAUCAGUCGCCUUGGUUUCAUCACGGUCGGUUGAGAAGUUGGACGGUUGGCCUGUCGGUCAGUCGGUCGGUGAAACAAGCGGGUAGACCGGAUCGUGUCAAGAGACAAUCGGCGCCAAGUCGAGUCGAGUUGAGCUGGGACCGGUUGAGCCAAGGUAAGGUGCACCCGAGGUUUGCCCAAUCAGCGCUAAAGGUGCUCUAUCGAUCUCGGCGCCAGCAACGAGAGCAGAAAGCAGACGAUGCUGAAGAUGAUGCUGAUGUUGAUGCUAAUGUCAAUGAAAGAAACGAUCAUGAGGUGGUGGAGGAGGAGGAGGAGGAUGUAAAUAGGAGAAAGAAAAGUAUGUAG